GGAAACAUUUAUCCUUUACAAAUUAUUAAUUGGUGUGAUUUAUGUCCAUUGUAUGAAAUAUUUGAUAAUCCUCUUCGUAAAGAUGUUGAAUCUAUUCUUGGAAUUGAUUGCUAUGAUGUUAAAGAAAAAGUGCUUAUGACAGGCAUUGUACCUAUUGAGAAAGAUAUCGAUUACUAUCGUAUUAACUUUUUUCCUGAUGGUACUAAUCAUCUGAAAUCCAAUAAUUAUCAAAUUUUCGGAAAUCUCAUAAAAACAGACGGAAAGCCAGUUGAUAAAGUAAUUGUCGAUUUCAAAUCUACGAAUGUAUAUGGGUUUUCAGCAAUAAUUGAAACAUUUUUACCGUCGAGUAAGUAUUUAUUCAUCAUGUUGCAAUAUAUUGAUUGCUAUAUCAAUUAUAAUUUACAGCAUCAAAAUAUUUCCAGCAACAAAUUUUUUGUAAAUUCACAAAUUGUUUGGAUAUUGGUCGGAAUACCCAAAGAAGUAGGAUUUUAG